GGGCCAGGAGGAGAGAGAGGAGAGAGAGGAGAGUUCGAGGACUAUAACGUUAGGGGCUGGCGACCGCCAGGUGAUCCAGACCCCCAUCGACGACGCGCUUCCUGUCAGCGGCAGCACCGUGGCCCAGCUCUUCAGACAGCUCGGGAUCGUCAACGUGUUGUACCUGUUCUGCGCCGCGCUGACGGAGCACAAGAUCCUGUUCCUGUCCAGCAGCUACCAGAGGCUGACCGACGCCUGCCGGGGACUGCUGGCCAUCAUGUUCCCCCUCAAGUACAGCUUCACCUACGUCCCCAUCCUGCCGGGGAAACUGCUGGAGGUCCUGAGCACCCCCACCCCCUUCAUCAUCGGGGUCAACUCGUUCUUCCGCUCGGAGACGCAAGAGUUGUUGGACGUGAUCAUCGCGGACCUGGACGGCGGCACGGUGACCAUCCCCGAGUGUGUCCACAUCUCCCUGCUGCCCGAGCCGCUCCUCCAGCAGACCCAGACCGUGCUCUCCAUGGUUCUGGAUCCGGAGCUGGAGGUCGCCGAUCACGCCUUCCCCCCUCUCUCCACACAACCCUCGGCACUCAAGAUCCAGGAUAAGGAGAUCCGGGGAGUCUUCCUGUGGCUGUUCGCUCGGCUCUUCCAGGGCUACCGCUGGUGUCUGCACAUCAUCCGCAUUCACCCGGAGCCGGUGAUCCGCUUCCACAAGGCCGCCUUCCUGGGUCAGAGGUCGCUGACGGAGGACGACUUCCUCAUGAAGGUGUUGGACGGCAUGGCGUUUGCCGGCUUCGUGUCGGAGCGAGGGCCCCCUUACAGAGCCACCGACCUGUUCGACGACGUGAGUCUACCAGCUACACCGAGGCUACAUUUACACCACUAG